GUUUCUUUUUCCAUCAGUAGUGUGCAAACUCUUCAACUAAACCGAACUUUUAAACUCAGCGUAAUUUGAUUUUUUUAAAAAUGGGAAUAUUCCAGAUAUUUUUAUUUAGUGCAAUAUGCGUCAUCGGUUGCCGAUGCCAGUGUGAUUUAUCUAAUUUCCGAAAAAGCAAAAUUGUUCCGGACAUUGUUUCAGAUAUGCCAGAGAAACCACUUCAGGUUACUUUUUUCAAUAAAUCCUUUGACUGUGGUACCAAUACAGGAUAUUUCAGAUCAUUAAAGGCUCCGACUAUACAAUAUCAAGCAGAUAACGAAACCUUGUAUACACUUAUAAUGCUUGAUGCAGAUGCUCCGUUUCCUGACUUGAACAUUUCGACUACGUUUCUACACUGGCUUAUUGUGAACAUCCCUGGUAACAAUGUGAAUGAAGGACAAACCAUUGCAAGUUACAUUGUCCCCUUCCCUCCUCCACUUCUUGGUCCACACAGAUAUAUCAUAUUAAUAUAUCAACAACCAGAAAAAAUAGAUCCCAAGGAAGAAUCUCCCGCUCGUUUCAGUUUUAACGUAAAUGCUUACGCAAGGUCUCAUAAUCUUCAAGGCCCAUCGUACGGAUAUUUCUUCUUUGUUGGAUCUUCACUGAAAGUAAUUGCAGAGAAAUUGCUCUCUUAUUUUAGUUUAUAACCUGUAUUUCGUCAUGAAAUUCUAUAUCAAUCUCUUUAUAUGUCUACACAAGGAUGAAUAUCAAAUUAUGCACAAUCUUGUUUACAAAUAUAACUGCACUCUGAAAUAAUAUUUAAAAAAUUUAUUUUGUUGCAACUGUGAAUUCUGUUUUUCAAUUUAUUU